AUGCCAAUGCGAGCACUCGGCGACGCGAGUCCUCCUUUCUCUCUGUCUGAUCGGCUUGGUAACGCAGCAAAAGAUUUCUUCCAACGAGAGCUAUCUUUCAGUAACGGAUUUUGGCCCAUGCGCAUGCUCUUCCUCGUGCUCGCCGCGCGCUCGGGAGCCGGAGUGGCGGGGUCGGAGCUGCUGCAACGGCGCGAGUGGCCGCGAGGGGUCGUGCUGGGGCUCUCCAGAGGGCGAGACCACUACGCGGUGCUCGCGGCGGCGCACGGGGCAGCUUCAGCUGAAACAGAGCCUCAGCAGCGCCUUCAGGCAGUGCAGCACAACGCCAGUGGCCUCUCUGGAGCUAUGCGGCGGCUGGCGGGCCUGUGCGAUGGCGCCGAUCCGUGGGCUCGGGACGCGCGGUCGGCUCGCGUGCCGGUUGCCGAGUCAGCCUGGCUGGCGAGAAGCGCCAAGGCCUUCCCUGCAUUCUGGGCGCUGCCCAGAAGGGGGCCCAAGGAAGCGCGAGGGAAAAAUUCCGCCGCUGAGGGAAACCCGGAGCGCUGCCGCACGCUCAUCUCGAUCGUCAAGACGUCGCUACGCGCGGUCUUCCGCGGGGGGAGCUGCGUCGACGGGUGCGGGACCGCGGCGCAGCCAGUGCCGCGGCGAGGCCUCCGGCUGUUUGCGGCGGGCGGCUUGCUGCUCGCUGCGAUGGCGAAAAACUCGUCUCGCCACACGCCAAGGGCUUAUGCUCUGGCGAGACGUGAGGCGCAUGCGCCCAGGAGGGGAGGGGGCAUGUGUAACGACACUGCUAGAGAUGCCUUUCGGGGCCCAGAGAUAAAACUUCUGUGA